AUGCGAGUCAACACCAUGCAAUCCCGCCGCUUGUUAAACGGUCUCACCAUUGCUGCAGCCAUUUCUCACUCUGGCGUCUCGGCCGGCGCAGCCCCAAACACAUUUGAAGUUGUUGGAACCACUGGAGUGUCUGCUCAACAGUUUUUUGUCGGUGGAAUCAAUAAGGUGUACAUCUUGGAUAAAGCUGAAAACAAUCCUCUGAGACUACCUGGUACUAAUAAACCGGCAUGGGCUACUGAAUACGAUCUAAGAACCAACACUUUUCGAACGAUGGAAGUAGCCACCAAUACUUUCUGCGCUGGUGGUGCGGCCCUAGGCAACGGAACAUGGAUUUCUGUUGGCGGCAAUAAAGCCGUUACCUCUGGUGGACUGGACGGCGUCAAUCUGGCUGCACCUUAUUUCAACGACGAUGGUGCCAAGUCAGUCAGGCUUCUGGAUCCUUGUGACGAUGAUACCAAAUGCCAGUGGAGUGUCAACCCCGGUGGAGCUCUUUUGCAAGCCAAGCGGUGGUAUCCCACUGUUGAGACUCUUGAAGAUGGUAGUGUAAUUAUUAUUGGUGGGUGUACCGACGGAGGUUAUGUCAACGAUGCCAACCAAAAUAUUCCAACCGUCGAAUAUUUCCCCUCCAAAGGCCAACCAAACAAAUUGAACUUUUUGCUCACGACAUUACCGGCCAACUUGUACACACUUACCUGGUUGUUACCGUCAGGGAAUCUGUUCCUCCAAUCGAAUCUGGGUACCGAAAUUUAUGAUUACAAAAACAACGUCGAAUACCCUUUGCCUAAUAUGCCACACGCCGUCCGUACUUAUCCGGCAUCUGGGGCUACAGCAAUGCUUCCUUUAACUCCGAAAAACAAUUAUACCGCUACCAUCCUGUUCUGUGGUGGAACCAAUCUUCAGCCUGACCAAUGGGUUCUAACUUUCAACAUUGCUGCGUAUCCUGCCGACAACUCCUGUGUGAAAAUGACGCCUGACGUAUCGAUCACUUGGGAGGAAGAGGACUAUCUCUUUGAAGGAAGAAGUAUGGGCCAGUUCGUCAUGAUGCCAGACGGUAGAUUAUGGAUGGGAAAUGGUAUUGCAAAGGGCACCGCCGGAUACGGAAACACCAGUUGGGCGCUUGGCCAAUCUUUUGGCUCGAAUCCAUUGCACUCCCCAGCGUACUAUAACCCAAAUGCACCGAAAGGGUCUCGAUGGUCUCGUCCAAACGCUAAUGCCACUGUUUCCCGGCUAUAUCACUCGGUUGCUUCACUAUUAGCUGAUGGCUCUAUUCUCACAGCUGGCUCGAACCCCAACGCCGACUACAUCGCACCUGGCACACCAAACUAUCCUUUCCCCACCGAGUAUCGUGCAGAGAAAUUUUACCCCGACUAUUUCACCCGCACACGGCCAAGCCCGAGUGCCCUGCCUAAAACUUUAUCCUAUGGAGGCAAUUAUUUCAACGUCAGCCUGAAGUCCACCGAUCUAGGAAAACAAUCAUCGGCACUUCCCAAGACUAUUGUUUCAGUCGUAAGGACCGGCUAUUCGACCCAUGCCAUGAACAUGGGCCAGCGAUUUUUGCAACUCAACAGCACAUACACACUCAACGACGACGGUUCCGGGAUGCUACACGUCUCACAGAUGCCACCCUGUGUAGCUUGCUUCCCUCCUGGUCCCGCCAUGAUGUUUGUAGUUGUGGACGGGGUUCCUUCCAACGGCGUCAUGGUCAUGGUAGGUAACGGUCAAAUUGGUACCCAGCCCACUGCUGUUGCUUCAGACUUGCCGGGCACCAUCACGGAUUGGACCACAUCGCAAAACAUGCCUUCCCCCUCGAAGAAUGCCAAACACAGUUCAUCCUCUGUCCUAUCUUCACCCUCAUCCAUCAUGACGGUGUUGAUCAGUUUAGCAGUCCUUCACCUGAUGUGA